AUGGGGCUACUGGAGCUCCCGCCGGAGCUUUUCCUAUCCAUCAUCGAGUUCGCCGUACAUGAGCUGGGUGUGUGUGCGUCGAUGAGGACGCGCCUUGUCUGUCGUGUUUUUGCAGCUGAAAUCCCGGAAGCUCUUCACAGGACCAGAGUCAUUGAAGAGGCUGUACCUUUCUAUUACGCGUCGAAAAUCCCGGAAGUCGUACAAAGGUACCGGUCCGGUAAAUACUACAACUCUUGGAAUUACCAGUUGAGUGAUAAGCCCAUACCGUACGGGUACAAGUCAAUUCGAGAUAUCCUACCACAAAUGCUCCUCAUCAAACAUCAUCCUGAGGUUCUCGCUCGGUACUUUCUAUAUCGAGUCCGCACCGAUCGACGAGGCAACAUUCAUCCCAUUGUUGAAACAAUUCGUCAGACCGUAAAGGAGAUUGCACGAUAUUACGAGCUGGACUUGAAUCAAGAACCAGAGAAGGCAGCGACGCUAUAUCAAGCUGCGUGCUCGUGCCUUGCCUUAUACAGAAAUCAAGGGGUACUUUUGGCAUUCAGAGGAUUUCCUGAAACGGGAAAAGAAGAAGAAGAUGAGGAAGAAGACGGAGCAGGAGAGAAAAAAGGAAUCUUUGAUGAUUUCAGAAAUGCUGUACCUGGUAAUUGCCUCACGGUGGCAGCAUGGCUGGGCGAUAUGGAUCUGAUAAAAGAAAUCGAACUCGACGCAUACAACAACCCCGGUGAUAGCACCAACGAUCCCUCACUUUUCGGAAGACCGUUGUGGGCCGCAGCCGCACAGGGACACCUGGAAGUUGUAAAUCAUUUUCUCGAUCGUGGCGACAGAGAUUAUGGGGUGGUCCAUGCAAGAAGUGGAUGGGACAUCUUCUUUGGAAUCGACAAGUUAGCGGUAGGUGUGGCAGCCUACAUGGGUCGAGGAUCUGUUGUUCAGGCACUACAACAAGCUCAGACUCUACGACAAGAAGAAUAUCUCCAGCACCACAGCUUUUGGCAACUGAAAGACCAUGAAGAACGUGCUAUUGUCUGUGCGGUUCAAGGCAAUCAACCGGAACUCCUUUCGCUCUUGCUAGACCGCUACAAAGAAGGGCCAUGGCAUUCCGAGUAUCCCGGAUGGGAGUUCACAUGUUCUCUGACUAGCUUCUGUCUCGUAAUAUCAUGCAAGUUAGGACUGCACAGACCGGCAUCAGUCCUUUUACAGCACAAUGCAAACACACUGGACACAGACUUUACGCCUUUGUCAUUUCUAGAGCUGGCAGCUAUCUCAGGGAAUGCUACCCUGGUAAAGAUUCUACUCGACGCCGGCGCAGGACUCGAACCUGCGAAAACGACACGUGGUUUUACUCUCAAGUGGCAACGGGAUAUAAGUUUUUCACGGAGGAAAAGAAAAAGCGCUCUAGCAGAAGCGCGUUACAGAGGUCAUCGGGAAGUCGAAAGAUUGAUCGUGGAGAAGAUGGACGAACUACAAUUGGAAACAAUGACGUGUCUGGCCACGUUAUUCAACGACGCUUGA